AUGAUUGAUUCAGGAGCAACUUCCUACUUUAUACACCCUCUUUUGGUCAAAACCUACCAACUCCCCACUUAUUUACACCCAACUCCAAAAAAACUACACAUUAUUGAUGGCCAAGAAAUUGACUCUGGCCAAAUCACUCAUUUUACUUGCUUCAAGUGUACCAUUGGCAAUCACACCAAAGAACUAGAAUGCCAUACAUCAAAUAUUGGCAACCAUCAAUUAGUUCUAGGGAUGUCAUGGUUAAAAAAACAUAACCCUCAAAUUUCAUGGGAAAAACACACACUUGUUUUUAACUUGGUUUACUGUUCAAACAACUGUCUGUCUAUUCCUGCUGUACUGGAACUCAAAGCAGUAGAAGAAAUUCCAAUACCCUAUCAAGAAUUUUCCAAGGUCUUUUCUGAGGAAGAAUUGUCUAAGCUACCACCCCACCGCCCAUAUGAUAUUGCUAUUGAGUUGCUUCCUGAUGCAAAACCCCAACAUGGCCCCAUAUAUAGUCUAGGCCCAAGGGAAGAUGCCAAACUCAAAGAAACCAUUGAAAAGCAACUUAAAGCAGGUUUGAUCCGCCCGUCUAAAUCCCCCAUGGCAUUGCCCAUACUAUUUGUCAAAAAGAAAAACAGAAAAUUACACAUGUGUGUGGAUUAUCAAUGUCUGAAUAGCAUGACCAAGAAAAACGUAUACCCCUUGCCUUUGCCGCAAAAUCUUAUUGAAAAGUUACAAGGCGCCAAGAUCUUUAGUAAAUUUGAUCUAAAAGCGGGAUAUAAUUUAGUCCAAAUCAAAGAAGGUGAUGAAUGGAAAACAGCCUUCAAGACAAAAUACGGAUUAUUUGAAUACUUGGUUAUGCCUUUUGGAUUAACAAAUGCGCUGGCAGCCUUUCAAGAUAUGAUGAAUGAAAUAUUCAGAGACCUUUUGGAUGUUUAUGUCAUCAUAUAUCUGGACAAUAUUUUAGUCUUUUCCUUGAACAAAAAGGAUCACAGAGUUCAUGUGCAAGAAGUACUCAAGAGGCUACAGGACAAUAACCUCUUUUGCAAUAUUGAGAAAUGUCACUUCCAUGUCAAAAAAAUUGAUUACCUGGGGUUCAUCAUAUUGGAAUUUGGCAUAGAAGUUGACCAAUCUAAAGUCACUGAUGCAAUGAACUGGUCCGUUCCAAAAAAUGUCAAAAAUAUCCAAGAAUUCCUAGGGUUUGUGAAUUUUUACAGACAAUUUAUCCCUAAUUUUGGCAAUAUGGCACAACCCUUAUACAAUCUGCUCAAAAAAGAUAGCCUUUGGAAAUGGGAACAAAUGGAACAACAAUCCUUCACUAGCUUGAAAAAAUGCCUUACCUCAGCGCCUCUACUUCUGCAACCAGACACUACAAAACAAUUCUAUGUGGAAUGUGAUGCAUCAGACUACGCUACUGGAGCCAUACUAUCCCAAUGCAACCUUGAAGGAAAAUUGGCCCCAGUAGCAUACCUAUCAAAAUCCCUGUCCCCAGCCAAGAAGAACUAUGAUAUUUUUGACAAGGAAUUGCUAGCAGUCAUCAGGGCAUUUAAGGAAUGGCGUCAUUUGCUGGAAGGGUUGGAGUUGCCAGUCCAAGUUUUAACAGACCACAAAAAUUUGGAGUAUUUCUCUACGCCUGGGGCACAGAAUAAAAAGGCAGAUAUCCUAUCACAAGGCUAUGAUUUAGUACCCCUUGAAGGGGGGGUAGAGAACCAGGUUCUCCUGAAACCAGAACUUUUCAUUUCCUCUAUUACCCCAGAUCAAGAAAUCAAUGACCUAAUUGGCAAGGCAAUUUACAAGGAUAACCAUCUUAAGGAAAUUCUACAUAAACUUCAGAACAAGGAAAAGGUCAUGGAUUGGGAGUUAAAAGAGGGAUUACUAUGGUAUCAAGGAAAGAUCUUUGUACCUAAGGACAAUACCAUCAGGAACCUCAUUGCGGAAUCCAGGCACAAUGCAUUAGCAGCAGGGCACCCAGGACAAGCCAGAACAUUGGAGCUAGUCUCAAGGAAUUAUUACUGGCCAUCCAUGAAAAAGUUCAUCAAUUCCUAUCCAACAAACCAAGUACCUGUAGGACUAUCAAAACCACUGCAAAUUCCGGAACAACCUUGGGAAGACAUUGCCUAUGACAUGAUUAUGGUACACUUCAUCCCCACACAGUCCACUGCAUCUGCCAUUGACAUUGCAAACUUAUUUGUCACUUAUGUAUGGAAACUCCAUGGUCUGCCAAGAAGCACCAUAUUGGACAGAGGGCCUACUUUCAAUGCCAAGUUUAUUUGUCAUUUGUAUAAAAGGCUAGAUAUCAAACCAACCUACUCUACAGCCUACCAUCCCCAAACAGAUGGACAAACGGAACAAAUACAACAGGAAGCUGAAAUCUUCAUUUGCAUGUUUGGAAAUCAUCAACAAUCUGAUUGGGUAUCACUAUUACCCCUAGCCAAGUUUGCCCUCAACAAUCUAAAACAAUCUUCUACAGGCAAAUCUCCAUUUCAGAUCUGUUAUGGCUUAAAUCCUUGGUUCUCUGUGGGGCAAAAAUCAGAUGAAUCAGUCCCCAAUGCAGACAAACAUGCGGAAUUCUUAGAAAAAGGUUAUGAUGAAGUCAAAGCAGCUCUCUCUCUGUUGCAAGAAAGGAUGAAAUACUUCUAUGAUCAACGUCACAAGGAAGAAGAGGAAAUUCAAGUAGGGGACAAGUUCCACUCUGAUCCCCAUGGACAAGAUCCUCCCCAACCUGCACCUAUUGUCACAGAAGAAGGAGAGGAGGAAUAUGAAGUUGAAAAAAUCCUGGAUAGCAAAUGGAAAGGAUGCAGAAAGGCAAGGAAGUUAUGGUAUCUGGUUAAAUGGAAAGGAUAUGACAAAGGAAGUAAUUCCUGGGAGCCAGUUGAUAAUGUAGCCAAUGCCAAGGAAGCAAAAGAAGAGUUCCAUAAGGAGUACCCUGAUGCAGUUGGAGCUUGA